UUAUUGUUAUUUUAAAACAUUUGUUGUUAUUUUUUUAAUGUUGGUACUGUGGAAUAAGUGUCUGUCGGCUGUCACUUCUUUUGCAUCAGUUGGUGAAGUGGAAAUAUGGGUAAACCAAGAGGAUUACGAACGGCUCGUAAGCACGUGAACCAUCGUAGGGACCAACGAUGGGCAGAUAAGGACUACAAAAAAGCCCAUUUGGGAACUCGAUGGAAGGCUAAUCCUUUUGGAGGAGCUUCACAUGCUAAGGGAAUUGUAUUAGAAAAAGUAGGUGUGGAAGCUAAACAACCGAAUUCAGCUAUCCGUAAAUGUGUAAGGGUACAAUUGAUAAAAAAUGGCAAAAAAAUUACAGCUUUUGUACCUCGUGACGGUUGUUUAAAUUACAUUGAAGAGAACGAUGAAGUCCUAGUUGCAGGUUUUGGUCGAAAAGGUCACGCUGUCGGGGACAUUCCUGGAGUUAGAUUUAAGGUUGUCAAGGUAGCCAAUGUGUCUCUCUUGGCGCUGUACAAAGAGAAAAAAGAACGACCGCGAUCAUAAUUUAUGUAAUUAAUGAUGUUAAAAUAAUUUCCUAUUUUAAUAAAAA